UUUCCGCCGCUGCGAGGGCGGGGUGGAGAGCUCUUUGCGACACUACCGUGAGGUGGUUUACGGCCUCCUAGAGGAGCCUAGGGCGGAGACGGCAAGAAAUGAAGCAAUUGAGGGGCUUUCGGAGAGGCAGGUGUGGAGGAAUACUUCAAGAAGAUCAAGAAGAGUAUUCCCGGAAUCACCCAAUCUAAUGGCCAGGACACUUCUAAUAGACAAGUGUGCCUUGAUCCUAUUGGGAAGGAAACAUGCUCUGACCCCUUGCUAAAGGAAGUACUCUGGUUUAUCAAGUUUCCCAUGCCUGGGGACUGGGUCAAAGAGGUCAUGUGACUGUGCCAAGAGCUAUCCAGGGUGUGAUCUGUAAGCUAGGAGUGAUGACUUCUAAUCUCUUUGAGUUGGUUUCUUUGUUGGGACAUAGCACUCAGAAUUUGGGUCUGUAACUCUCCUAUACAAAAUUUCUUUUCUUGGCCAUCACUGACCUGUAUGUAUCACCUCCCCUUAUUAGGAUAUAAUAAGGGGUAGGUAGGUGGCUUAGUGGAUUGAGACUUGGGCCUAGAAACAGGAGGUCCUGUGUUCAAAUAUGAUCCCAGAUACUACCUAGCUUGUGACCCUGGUAGUAAGUCACUUAACCCCCAUUGUCUAGUCUUUGCCAUUCUUUUGCCUUGGAACCAAGACUGAUUCUAAGACAAAAGAUAAGGGUUUAAAUAUAUAUAUAUGGUUCUUGAAGUCAGGGACUAUAUUUCACUUGUCUUUGUAACAUACUUUGUAAUUUUUUGACUCCAUAUGUAUAAUGGGUAUAAUUUCUUAACUUUUCAAUGAGUAGGGGAGAGAAUUUAGAUUUGAAAAUGAUUUUGUUUAAUUUCACAGGGGAAAAAAAAUCAUACUUUGUAAUAGAGACAUUUUGUAUCCCCAACAUUCACCAUGAUUCUUGGCAAAUUGUAAGUAUCCAGUAAAUGUUUUUUCAUUAAUUAAUUUGAGACUAAGUAUAGAGCAUAGGAGUUACAACUCAGAGAACAAGAUUCUAGUAUAGGUGAAUACUUUGCAAGCAUUCAGUUAAUUUAAAAAGCAUUUAUUAAUCAUGUAUUUUUUUGUCAUUUAGUCAUGUCCAACUCUUCAUGACCUCAUUUGGGAUUUUCUUGGCAGAUAUAUGGAGUGAUUUGCCACUUCCUUCUCCAGCUCACUUUACAGAUGAGGAAACUGAGGGAAAUAUUAAGUGUCUUGACCAGGGUCACAAGUUAGUAUCUGAAACUAGGAUUUGAACUCAGGUUUUCCUGAUUCCAAACUGGUAUUCUAUCCACUGUGCCACUUAGCUGUCCAUUCAUGUGAUUGACUUUAAGAAUUCAGGGGAUAAGGAGCUUUCACAAGGCUUCAUCUGAGGCAUAUGGACACCUAUUCUGGGUGUCUUGUUUCCUCUAUAAAAUGACAGGGUUAGACUAGACAGUCUCUGAUAUCCUUCUGACCAGUCUCUGAAUCCACAAGAUUUAGGCACUAUUUGAUGCCACCUCAGUUCAGCUUUAAUUUCAUCCCAACCCCUAACCAAGGCCCAGUUCAUUCCUUUGUAAAAUUAAGAAAUCAAACUAGAAGUAAUCUAGGAGGGCCCUUAUAGCCUUAAAUAUGCUACUUUGAGGGGGUGGGGAGCCUAUUUGCUUCAAGCCCCUAUUUCAGCUUUUUCCUCUAUCUUUUUAUUGUAAGAGUAACCACAUUACCCCCACUGAAUCCCCAAUAAUCAAGCUUAUUAAAUUCCAAAUGUGAAGAAACAAGUGACUUUAGCACAUAGUAAAAAAAGAAUAAUGAGUUUAAAUAGAAAACUACCAAAUGGCCCUUCUAGUCUAUCUAAGGAAGAUAGCCUCUCUAGCAGCUACCUUUGGUAUCCUAGGUAUCUUUAAUCUCCCCCACUCUCACUCCUCAAAUGAGAGUCCUUUUUAAACAGAUUUUUCUAGGUCCAAUUUGUUGUUUGUUCCUGAUAUAAAAUUCCCUAGUCAUAGCUCUGGGGCAUUAGAUUCUAGGGUAUCCUAGAUUAGGAAAAGAUUAAAUAAGAAGUGGAUUUUAAAACAAUGUUUCUUAGAAAGUGGUGCUACAAAGAAUAUAAUCCCAAAUAAAAGAACAGAUCAGGUUGGGGUGGGGCUAGGAGUUAGUUCAGCUCUCUCUUCUAAACUAAGAAAGGGAAGAAAAGAGGGAGGUAGAAAAAGAAACUGGAAUUUUUCUUGUUUUAUUUUUCUCUGUUUUCUUUUGUAAAUAUGAGUAAUUUGGAAAUGUAUUUUGCAUUAUUUCGCAUGUAUAUUUUAAUAUAAAAUUGUCUUCUCACGGAGAAGGUAAGGACGGGAAGGAAGAGAAUUUGGAACUGAAUACUUUAAAAAUGCUUUAAAAAUUGUAUUGGAAAAUAUUUAAUGAAAUUAAACUUUUUUAAAGAAGCUGAAAAAACACUUAAGCAACUCAGUUCACAGGAUACCUAAGUGGAUAAAAAAGUAAACAAGUAUUUAUUAAGCUCUGGUUAAGCAAAAACAGACCAAAGGCAAGCUUUCUAUGGUUUAAAAUGUUGGCGAGGUCUCUUUAAGGAGGUGUGGGCCAUGGGCCCCGCCCUCCUCACCUGGUAUCCGUCACCCCGCCCUUGUCCUGGAUUGGACAGGGCAAAGGGGAGGUGACAGACUACGUUUCCCGGCAGCACUUGCCCAGGUCUCCUUGCGCCUGCGUAGCAUCCCGGUUGGCCGGACCGGCGAGCUCGCGCGCUCGGUGUUCCCUUUGCCUCCGCUCAUCCAAGAGCAUGGAAGGGACCUCUCUUGUCUAUGGCGCGCGGGAGCCCGGGACCGCCGCAGCCCCACCACGAUCCCGACACCCUCCUCCUUCGCCGCCUGUGCUGGAAGAGGGCCCGCCACCCCUACCCCCGCUGCCGGAGGUGGGUACCUCCGGCUGUUCGGGCUCUCGGCCCCCCGAGCUGGAGCCCGAGCGUAGUCUGGACGGCUCGAGCGGGAACUACAUCGACGAAGAAGAAGAGGAGGACGAGGAGCUGGAGGAAGAAGAGGACGAGGACGAGGAGGAGGAAGGGGGCCGCUUCCCUCUGCGGCUAGAUGGGAACAGGUUGGACUCGGAGGACGAAGAAGAGCGUAUGAUUAGUCUCUCUGAGCUGACCCCGUACAUCUUGUGUUCGAUCUGCAAAGGAUACUUAAUAGAUGCUACAACCAUUACAGAAUGUCUUCACACUUUUUGUAAAAGCUGCAUCGUAAGGCAUUUUUACUAUAGCAACAGAUGUCCAAAAUGCAACAUAGUAGUACAUCAGACACAGCCUCUUUAUAAUAUCAGGUUGGAUCGACAGUUACAAGACAUAGUAUACAAAUUAGUGAUCAAUCUAGAAGAAAGAGAAAAAAAACAGAUGCAUGAUUUCUACAAAGAAAGAGGCCUAGAAGUACCAAAACCAGCUGUACCUCAGCCAGUCCCUGUGAGCAGGGGGAGACCUAGGAAAGUUCUGGGGUCAGUGUUUCGUAUUCCACCAGAACUUGAUAUGUCUCUAUUACUGGAGUUCAUUGGGGCUAAUGAAGGCACAGGACAUUUUAAGCCACUGGAAAAGAAAUUUGUUCGUGUUUCAGGAGAAGCAACUAUUGGGCAUGUUGAAAAAUUUCUCAGAAGAAAAAUGGGUCUCAAUCCAGCUUGUCAGGUAGAUAUAAUAUGUGGUGAUCACCUGUUGGAACAAUAUCAGACACUAAAGGAAAUUCGCCGUGCAAUAGGUGAUGGAGCAAUGCAGGAUGGUUUACUUGUACUUCAUUACGGCCUUGUGGUUUCUCCACUGACAAUAACAUGAAUAUUCCAUUCCAUUCCAAUGUCAAAAGUAAAGAAGCAAGGCAGAGAGCCCUCAUCUCACCAAAGACUGUCAUUGUAUGGCUGGUUACCACCAAUUUAUGCAAUAUGUCUCCUUUUCAGCCACAAGGACCAUACCAUUUAUAAGUGAAACUAGAAAUUACAACAUGCUUUUGUUUGAUUAGUGACAGUUUAAAAGGUAGUACAAGCCUCAGGGAAAGGAAAUCAUUUAGAAACACUGAAUUCUAAGAUUCUCUAUGAUUUCACACUUUGUCUUUGAUUUGCUUUUUCUUCUCUGAAGCAAAUCAGUUCAUGUUCUCUUCCUCGAGCCAUAUCUCUUUAGAGUAGGCAAUUGGGAUUCAGCUGUCAGGGAUGGGAUUUGAUAGAUAGUCAUCCUUUUGGAAAAGAGAUAUAUACUUUUGAACUAAAGAUACAAGUCAUGGCUUUAUUUUUCAAACCACAGGGCAAACUUUCCAAUCUUUGUGAAGACCAAAAGUAUAAAGCUACAAUUUGCAUAUUUCUAGUAUUUUUGAGCAUGUAUUUUUCUACCAGCAAUAAUACUAAAGAGAUCUUGUUUCCUCUGGAGGUGGUGAAUCAGUUCCUUCUAUGUAGGCAAAAUGUCUUCCCAUAGGGCAGUCUUGUCCAGCACCAUGUGCCUCUAGUGUAGUUUGACUUCCCUAGCACAGCUUACAGGAGGUGCCUCUUGAUGUUUUUAUUAUUAAAAUAGUUCAUUUUACAAUCAUGCAUUGUAUUUGAGUGUCUUGUCUGUUUUUAGAGACCUCUUAGCCCUACUGUUCCUGAAAGUAUGGUCAGGACUAGUCAGUAGAUUUAGAGUUCUGCAAAUAACUUGUUAAUUCAAUGUUUCCUUAUUUUGUCAGAUAAACUUGGAUUUUCCCAUUGUUUCUUUGCCAUGUUUAAAAGAUGUAGCGUUUAUGAGCUCAUUCACUUGCAUGUUGGGCCUUAAAAUUUUAAAUUUAAACAUUCUUUUGCCAAUAAAGAUAGUUUGAAAUAACAAGCCUGUUUACCUACACUGAUACAUUACAAUCUUUCCUAAAAGGUUAAAAAUUAUUUUGUGGUCCAGAUUUUGAAACUUAUUUUGAAAGUUUGUAUGGCAAUAGUUACAAAAUUGCAUAAGUCAAGGAGAAUGCUUUGUAAACAGUUUGUGAAUUGUGUAAAUGAUUACAUAUUGUAACAAUUAAAUAAAUUUUUAUUUUAGUCUA